GCUGCAGUUAAAGAGUCAAAUGAGGAAUCAAAUAUGGACUUAGUAAAUGUUGAAGAACAUGCUUUUAUUAAUUUACAUUCUAUAUUAAUCAGUUUGUUUUCAAACGCUAUUAAAACAGCAUAUCCGGCAUUAGAAGACUUUGGCAAACCUGCAGUAUCUGCUGGUAGUAAAUUUGCUGAUUACCAAUGCAACGCAUCAAUGCAAAUAUGUAAACUUUUGAAAGCAAAAGGUGAAAAUGUGUCGCCUAAUGUAGUUGCUAAGAAACUAGUGGAUUGUUUAGGACAAUGCAAUAUUAUUGAAAAAGUAGAUGUUUCUGGACAAGGAUUUAUCAACGUAUGGUUAAGUCGUAAUAAGCUUAGAGACAUUUUACAGUAUGUACUGGAAAAUAAAUUGAAGCCAAAACCUUUAACUAAUCCACAGAAGAUUAUAGUAGAUUUUUCAGCACCCAAUGUCGCUAAAGAAAUGCAUGUUGGUCAUUUAAGGUCAACGAUUAUUGGUGAAAGUCUAUCCCGUGUAUUUGAAUUUAUUGGUCAUGAUGUAUUGAGAAUAAAUCAUAUUGGUGACUGGGGCACGCAAUUUGGUAUGUUAAUUGCUCUACUUCAAGACAAAUUCCCUAAUUACAAGACCGAGUCUCCUCCUAUAAAAGAUUUGCAACAAUUUUAUAAACAAUCCAAAGUUCUUUUUGAUAGUGAUUUAGAGUUCAAAAAACGGGCUUAUGACUGUGUUGUAAAAUUACAAAGUAUGUCACCUGAUCAUGUUCAAGCAUGGAAAUUGAUUUGUGAUGUAUCAAGGAAAGAAUUUCAAAAAAUAUAUGAAAGAUUAAAUAUCAGCAUUAUUGAAAGAGGAGAAUCAUUUUACCAAAGCCGAAUGGAAACUGUAGUUAAAGAUCUGGAAGACAAAGGAUUUUUGGAGAAUGAUGAUGGUAGAAAAAUUAUGUGGAGUCCAGAGUCCUCAAUACCAUUAACUGUAGUAAAAUCUGAUGGUGGAUUUACAUAUGAUACAUCAGAUAUUGCAACUCUAAAACAGAGAAUUGAGGAAGAGAAGGCUGAUUGGAUUAUAUAUGUCGUUGAUGCUGGACAGAGUCUACAUUUUGAGACUUUAAAAAAAUGUGCAAUUCACUCAGGUUUUCUUGAUCCAUCUAAAGUUCGCAUGGACUUUGUUGGUUUUGGCGUAGUGUUGGGUGAAGAUAAGAAAAAGUUUAAAACCCGUUCUGGUGAUACAGUUCGUCUAGCUAGUCUUUUAGAUGAAGGUAUAAAAAGAACAAGAGAUAAACUAGUGGAAAAAGGCCGAGACAAAGUAUUGACCGAUGAAGAAUUAAAAUUAGCAGAAACGGCAUUGGCUUAUGGUUGCAUUAAGUAUGCUGAUUUAUGUCAUAAUAGAAAUCAUGAUUAUGUAUUUUCUUUCGAUAAAAUGUUGGAUGACAAAGGAAAUACAGCGGUUUACUUGUUGUAUGCACUUACAAGAAUAAGGUCCAUUAUUAAUAAUUUGGGUACUUAUACUCAAGACUUAAAUGAGUCUAUUUCACUCGACCAUGAUAAAGAAUGGAAACUAGCCAAGACUUUGUUACGGUUCCCAGAAGUAAUCUCAAAAAUUACUGAUGAUUUUUGUCUCCAUCAUUUAUGCGAAUAUCUUUAUGAUGUGGCUACAACAUUUAGCGAGUUUUAUGACAAUUGUUAUUGCAUUGAAAAAAAUCCUCAAACUGGUGAAAUCGUUAAAGUGUUUACUGGAAGAAUAUUGCUGUGUAAAGUCACAGCAGAGUACAUGGAAACGGGAUUAAAUUUACUGGGCAUCAGCACGGUAUCUCGAAUGUAGUGUACUUAACUGUACACAAACAAAACACUACUUUUUUUUAAACAUUAUUUUGAUUUAUAAUUAGUUUCAUCUUUUUAAUAAUACAAUUAAAAUUAAUUCUAUAUGAGUAUUUCUAAUAUUUAUCUAUAUAUUAUUUAAAAUAAAUAAUUACUUCUAGGCUCUUACAUAAUGCAUCGUAAUAUUGUAUAAAUCCAAAUUAAGUAGUAAAGACAUAAUUUAUUAUUCUUGUAAAUUUUAAUCAAUUUUCAAAAAAUUUAAAGAAAAUAAUGUUAAUUUAAUUGGUAUUAAAUUAUUAAAAGAAAAAAAAUACUAUUGCAUUUAAAAAAAAAAAAUUUGUAGUUUCAUUAUAAACAUGUAUUAUCUUGAUCAGUUAUUGAAUUACUUAUAUUCAUUCUCUUAUUAUUUAAUUAUUGACUCCUUUUUAACUACAUUUAUGCUAUUAAUUGUGUUAAAUUUAAUCAUUCUUGAAAGAAAUAUUUCUAGCUAUUUGUAUUUUAAAAAAAUGAUUAAAAAAUUUUAAAUCGAUUAA